AUGGCGCCUGCAGUGAAAGAAAAACAGCCAAGGCGCGGCAGCCUCACAGGGGAGCGGCUUCCGGUGCUGCCUGCGUCAUCUCCGCGCGUCCCUCAGCUCCGCGGCGCCCGGCGGAAGCGACUGCACUUCCGGUCCCCGCCCGGAGGUGGCUGGUGGGAGACGAGGCCGGGAGUAGGGGUGGAGAGGAGAGCGUCCUGGGAUGCUGAACGCGUGCUGCGUGGCCCUCACGGGGAUAGGGUGACUUUCUGCAGACUUCGGACUCACCAGUGGUGUUUCAUUCUAUUUAAUGUCAUCCUAUUUCACGCCUUGCUUUUUGGGGCUGACUUUGUGGAGGAAUACUUUCUGCAUUCUUUGCCUUAUAUAGAUAUGAAAGUUCUUGAAAUUAAGAAUAAGGCAAGAAAAUUGAACAUCGAACCCCUAAGAAGUAAUCUCUCCAAAUAUUAUGUCCUGAGCCAGUCGGCAAUAUGUAAAGGGAAGAACAUUUUUUUGCUGUCUCUUAUCUUCAGCAGCCCAGGAAAUGGAACAAGACGGGACCUCAUUAGGAAAACUUGGGGCAAUGUGACCAGUGUCCAAGGGCAUCCCAUUCUCACACUGUUUGCUUUGGGAAUGCCUGUUUCAGUAACUACCCAGAAAGAGAUCAACGAAGAGUCCCGUAAGAAUAAUGAUAUAAUUGAAGGAAUCUUCUUGGACAGUUCUGAGAACCAAACCCUGAAGAUCAUUGCAAUGAUACAGUGGGCUGUGGCUUUCUGCCCUAAUGCCCUGUUCAUUCUCAAGGUGGAUGAAGAGAUGUUUGUCAAUUUACCAAGCCUGGUAGACUAUCUUCUCAAUCUGAAAGAACACCUAGAAGAUAUCUAUGUAGGACGGGUUAUUCAUCAGGUUACACCCAAUAGAGAUCCUCAGAACAGAGACUUUGUCCCUCUUAGUGAGUACCCAGAAAAAUACUACCCAGAUUACUGCAGUGGUGAGGCCUUUAUAAUGUCCCAAGAUGUGGCUCGGAUGAUGUAUGUGGUUUUCAAAGAAGUACCCAUGAUGGUGCCAGCUGAUGCAUUUGUAGGAAUUUGUGCUAAGUCCAUUGGCCUUAUACCCAUCCACAGCUCAAGGUUUUCUGGGAAAAGACACAUUAGAUACAACAGAUGUUGCUAUAAGUUCAUUUUUACAUCCUCAGAAAUUGCAGAUCCUGAAAUGCCCCUAGCAUGGAAGGAAAUUAAUGACGGAAAAGAAUGUACACCAUUUGAGACAUACUAUGGGCUCAUUUCCUGCAAACUUCUGACGUACCUUGACAGCUUUAAACGUUUUCACAUGGGGACCAUAAAAAACAAUCUCAUGUAUUUUGCUGAUUAGGAUUUCUUUAAUUUUCCUUAGGAGUCUAUUAUUUUAAAGUUACCUUCUACCCUGUUAUGGAAAGCAUCCCUUCUUCCUCGUGUUUUAUGUAGGUUCUCUGAAUCUUUAAUUUUACUUGCAAAGGUACAAAAUGUUUUCUGUGCUCUGGUGUACUCAAUUACUGAGAUCACAUUUUAAGAAAUUUAAGUUGGUAUAGCAUGAGUCUUUUCAAAAUAAAAUAUUUCUUUCAGAAGAGAGAACAUUAUGUUUCAUUGUUCGUUUAGUUUUUGGGUUUUUUUUUUUUUUUUUUUUGAGACAGGGUCUGGCUCUCACACAGGCUGGAGUGCAGUGGCGCAAUCUCGACUCACUGCAACCUCCACCGCCUGGGCUCAAG